AUGAAAACCACAUACUCCACCAACGCCCUCAAGCGGUGGUCUUGUAAGAGCCGCGAUAUUCCCCCCGUUGCUCAAGUUAAAGCCAUUCACGUCUACGACUUCGACAAUACUCUAUUUUCUAGUCCCCUCCCCAAUCCACAAAUAUGGGCACCUCCUGCAAUAGGAAUGCUGCAAGCUUACGAGACCCUGGCAUACGGAGGAUGGUGGCAUGAUGUAUCCGUUCUGGCAGCAACAGGAGAGGGCCUUGAAAAAGAAGAAGCCAGAGCAUGGGAAGGCUGGUGGAACGAGACUGUCGUUCAACUCGUCGAGCUGAGCAUACAGUCGAAGGACGUUGCCACAAUUCUGCUCACAGGAAGAAACGAAACCAAUUUCGCAGAUCUGGUCAAUAGAAUCUGUGAUGCCAAAAACCUUCGUUUCGACAUGGUAGUGUUGAAGCCCGAGGUCGGCCCUGCCGGUCAAAGAUUUGAGAGCACAAUGAGCUUCAAGCAGGAAUUCCUCCGAGAACUAGUUUUCACAUACAUCAACGCGGAAGAAAUCAAGGUCUACGAGGACCGCCCGAAGCACGCGAAAGGAUUCCGGGAGUAUUUUGAACGACUGAACAAAUCCCUGCUUUCCCAUCCCGCCGAUCAACCACCACCUUCGCGGAAACCUAUCAUCGCCGAUGUCGUCCAUGUUUGUGAAUUGAAAUCGAACCUGAACCCGGAGACUGAAAUCAGCGUCGUCCAAAAAGCUAUCAAUCGUCACAACGACUCCGUGACCAACGGUGGACCAAAUCCAACCAGGAGUGUCCGGAAACACCUGAAAAUCACUGAGCAGUUCUCAUAUUUCGGUUACCUCAUCAAUCAGACGGACUCUGCUCGUUUGAUCACUCUUAUCACCGGAUUGCCCGCAGCUCUCAUCGACUCUGGAGAGGUUCGCCUCCUGGCCUCAAGCAUUCUGAUCGCCCCUUUCAUCCCCAAGAAGAGCCUUGUCAAGAAAGUCGGUGGUCGGGGCAAAAAAGUAACGUGGCAGGUGACUGGUUUCACAAAAUAUGACGAUCGCAUUUGGGCGGCUCGAGUUGCCCCAGUAUCAGAAACCCAGAUUGUUACGCAGGACCCUAUCCCACUUGUAGUGCUGGCGAUUCGCAAAGGAUCAAGACAAAUCGAUGCGGCAAAAAUUCAACAGUGGGAGCCUGUUGCUCCAGAGAAAGCCUUCAUGUUCGAGACAACCGUGGGAGACAAGGUUAUGCUGAAGAUCGAAGACGACUUUGCACGUGGCAAAGAAGGACGAAGGUAUGAGAACAGCGAUGGAGGCAACAAGCGCAAGCAUGUCAACGACGACUCCGACUAUACGCCUCAGUACAGCUAUACCCGAAAUAGUGCCGCGGAUCGAGAGGAAGGAUCCUGGACCGGGGACAAGCGUUCAGCCAGAGGUAGCCGGUUUGCCCAACGCAAUGCAAUUAGUAAGGCUAAUUUCAAUAACCGCAACAAUCCAAAUACUCCUGGCAACAAGCACACCGCGCAGGAUUCCAACUCUGCUGGGAGACAACGUGGUGGAGGACCCGCCGUAGGGAGUGGGAAUCGAGGAAGAAACGCAGCGGGCCCCCACUCCGGUGGCGGCGGUAGAGGCCCUCCUGGAUACAAGAGUCUCGAUGAUUACGGCCCUGGCAAUUUUGAUGGUGCGAACGACCCCAAGGCUGGAUCGGGAGAGAUGGUGAUGAACUACUAA